UCGCGACACGCUCCAAUUGUAUAAUCCAAACCCGCCACAACCCGCAACAAGAAGACACUUCGCGUCACCGACUUCGCAGAAAUGGCGCCCAACAAGACGAGAACGAUUAAGAACAAGCACGCCGCCAACGGCUCCGGCAUCAAGAACAGCAAGGCCGCAGACAAGAGGCCCGUUCCUGAUGGCAUCGUCAGGAAAUCCAGAGACACGCCCAAGGGCACCAAGCCCCUCAAGGCCGGCGGCAAGACGAACCUCGAAGCCCUGCUGAAGAAGCGCAAGAAGAAGAUCUACACGGAGGAGGAGCUCGGCAUCCCCAAGCUGAACAAGAUCACGCCGGUUGGCGUGGAGAAGCCCAAGGGCAAGAAGAAGGGCAAGGUCUUUGUCGAUGACAGGGAGAGCAUGAACACCAUCCUCGCCAUGGUCCAGGCCGAGAAGGAGGGCCAGAUCGAGUCCAAGAUGAUGAAGGCGAGACAAAUGGAGGAGAUCCGCGAGGCCCGCCGGGUAGAGGCCGAGAAGAAGGAAGAGGAGAAGAAGAACAGGCUGGAGGAGACCAAGGACUCGCUGCGCAAGAAGAGGAAGCGCAACCCCCGCGCCGAGGACGAGGACAAGAUCAGCCAGUACGCGACCGCAGGGUCAAAGGCCGCCAAGCCCAAGGCGAAGAAGAAGAGCGUCUCCUUCGCGUGAGUGAAGAAGAUGGGGGGGUUUUUGGGAACACUUAAGCAGCAUGUCUUUGCAUCUUGGGCGGCGUUCGGGAGUGCCAAAAAAGAAAACAUAUUGGGUUGGUAAAAAGUUGGGAGGGGGAAACGUCUUCUUAUUCGUCUGUUUAUUUUAUCCCUCUGUUGUGUCGACGGCGUUCAGAGCAGAUACCACGGCGAGGGCUUGACCUUGCGCGAGAGCUUAAUGCACCACCAUAGGACAGCG